CGGAGAGAACAUCACCUCUCUACAUACAGUUAAAGUGGAUUUUUAAUCGUCAUCAGCUACUGCGUCUAAAAUUGGCACGAACUACUCAUUUGUUUAUUUUAUUUAUAUAUUUGUCAAUAUUUUUUAGACAUCCGGAACAAAUAGUUUAUUAUUUAUAUUUUUAAAAUUAACUUUAAACUAAACUAAACCAUGACCUCCAGUAGCGAGCCUUUGGAAAUAACUGGCAACGAGCUGGUCCACAUCCUCAGGACCCCCCGGGAUCAGUACACAUCCGCCGGCUGCGUCCUGCUGGACUGCAGACCUUUUCUCGACUUUUCUCUGACGCACAUUUGCGAGUCCCGUAACGUCAACUGGAACUCAAUGCUGCGUCGCAGAUCCAAGAGUUCGGUGGUGGCCCUGGAGUGGCUCAUCCCGGACAAGGCACUCUUGGGCCGCCUGCGCAGCGGGGAGUUCUCCCCGGUGGUGGUGGUGGAUGACCGGAGCAGCUCCGUGGCCGAGCUGAAGGCAGAGAGCGUGGCGCAGAUGCUGCUCACCGCGCUGCAAAACGAAGUAGAGACACAGAUCUGUUUUUUGCAAGGUGGAUUUGAGGGAUUUUCAGAGGCCUAUCCAGAGCUUUGUUACAAUUCUACCAACAAUCACGUCUCUGCAGUGGAACCAGAGCCAGUAGUGACAGGCAGGAGAACACCAGCAUAUGAUCAGAACGGUCCAGUGGAGCUGCUGCCCUUCCUGUUUUUGGGUAGUGCUAUCCAUUCAUCCCGCAGAGAGACUCUGGCAGCAGCAGGCAUCACGGCUGUGCUCAACGUGUCCUCCACCUGCCCAAACUUCUAUGAGGGGGAGUUUCAGUACCUGCGGCUCACUGUGGAGGACACGCUGGCUGCUGACAUCAAGGCCUGCUUCUCUACAGCCAUCGCAUUCAUCGACUCGGUGAAGCAGAGUGGUGGUCGGGUGCUGGUGCACUGUCAGGCAGGUAUCUCCCGCUCAGCCACCAUCUGUCUGGCCUACCUCAUGCACACGCAGCGAGUCCGGCUGGACGAGGCCUUCGACUUUGUGAAGCAGCGGCGACACGUCAUCUCGCCCAAUCUGGCCUUCAUGGGACAGCUGCUGCAGUUUGAGACUGAUGUUCUCUGUCAGGGAUGAAGGGCCAAAUGCAUUAAGGAAAUUUACACGACUGUUGUGUUUUUAGAUCAGUCCUCUGCCUCACGGAGCUCUGCUGGACUCAGAGCAUUAUGAGGACUCAAAUUACAUGUACAAUGCACCGUUUGUGACUGAAACUUUCAAAAGUCUAUACUUUGUACAUUCAGAGAAAAGCUACUUGUGUAGCUGACGUUCACAUGGCUGGAUUCCUACUUUCAGGAGAAACUGACAAAUAGGUUUACUGAUAUAACAAGCGGCAGUUGGCAGCAUGAACCCCACUGUAAUAACCACAUUUUGAACCACUGUGAUUCCGUGCCAGCAAGUCGGAGCAGCUAUGAGGUAAUUUCCCUGACGUUUUAUACACGACGGGAGUUGUGCCUGCUUGUCUGGUUUUGCAUAUGUGUGUUUUGUUUGACUUAUGUGCCUGAUUUUGAAAGGGCUGUCUUAUUUUCAUAUCAUUCCUUCACAGUUACAACCGCUGUGACAUGACAUGUCUAUUUAUGAGACAACACUGUGUUAACUACUUACAGCAAUAGUAGAUGAAACUCAACUUUGGCAUCUAAUUUUUUUUUUAAAAAUGCACUAACUAAUGCACAGUUGGUGUGUAAUCAUUCUGAGACAGAUUACUUAGUACACUCAAACUGUAAGAAGUUGUUUUUGUCAUGUAAAUAAAUGUAUUUAUUAUUUCAACAUUUGUUAUGACAGUGUUACCGUUGUUACAUUCUGUCACUGCACUUUAUACCUGCAAGGUCACACCUUAUUCCUGCUGUUUUUCCACUGAAAUAAAAACAUGCUGGAGGAAAUGUUAA